CAUUGCACACAGAGUCGGCGACGGUGCAGAAUCCGCAUACUUUACGGUACAGUGGAUUCGGGCAGUGUAUUUGGGAAUCUAGCGGCCACCACGAUCGCCCACGAACGCCGACAUGACCACGAUGCACAGCCCCACGCCGUAUGCAAACGUGGCGACGCCGCCGCCGCCGCCGACGUCGAACCAGCCGUCCGCCACGACGACCGCAGACGUGGUCGAGAUGGAGCCACCGAUUCUCGUCCACCGCAGCAGUCGCUUGUCUGCCGGGGGACGGCCGUCGUUGCCAUCCAUCGCAGUGACUCCGCCGUCGCUGCCAGACCCGACGACAGGGAUGCGCCAGCGCCUGAGCUCGCUCGUGAGCAACAAAGGCAACCACGAUGCCGUCGGCAAGCUAAAGAUUGAAGUCGGCAAGGAGCGAUCCCUCGGCACGGACACCAAGUACCGACCCGAUUUUAAAUACAACAUGGAGCUGGCGCUGCGCACGGCCGUCGGCGUUGUCCUCGCGUCGCUCGUGCUCACCAAGAACACCGACUCGAAUGCCAUGAUCACGUCGACUUCGCGGCAAAAACAGUGGUUUUUUUUUCCCGAAUGGUACAUCCUGGGCGGGCUGUCGUACGUGGCGACGGCGACCGUCUUCGGAUGCGGCAAGAACAUCGGGUCCACGAUUCGCGAGCUGUACCAGCAAAUUUCGGGCGUCGGCAUCGCGCUCCUCUACAACUUGCUCAUUUUUUCGUACUUUGAGCCCCAAGUGUUCAACACAAAAGCCGAACUGGAGCUUGCCAAGAACACGACACUGACGUACAUCGGGCACGCCUUUAGCGGCAGCCCGUACUACGUCCACCAGCGCGAUUUCUUUACGAUUUUACCGUUUAUCAUGUUGUUUACGAUGGUGGCGCUGGUGCUGCCGCUGGAAACCAACACGAAGAAGUACAUGCUCGGAAACAACCUGUACUUUGCGCUGACGCUCGUGAGUCCCAACGACUUUACCAACCCGGCCGUGCUCAAAGCGCCGGGCGACGACCUCUACCGCACGUCCAACCUCCUCCGCAACUUGAUGGUGUACAUGCUCCUCGGAGUGACCGGCGCGUGCAUUGCCCAGUUCAUGCUAUGGUUUCCGUACCCGAUAUUCGCGAUCCGAAAGCUCCAAGAACAAACGACCACGUGUGCCGACAACAUCCAGGACCUGCUCAACUUGAUCGUGGAUUCGUACUGCUUCAAGAACAAAGACGUCGAGCACAUGAACUUCCUCAAACUUAAGCUCAAGCGCAAGUUCGACCUUGCCAUCGCCAAGCACGCGACCAUGACGGCGCUCCUCAACGACGUGUGGUGGGAGCAGCUCGUGGGCCUCCACAUUCCGCUCAAGUUUCGCCUGUCGGCGGUCAAGCCAUUUAUUGACUUGUACGCGUCCCAGAUUGAAAACCUCCGCGCGAUGAACCAAGCGAUUCUCCUCGAACGCUACGAGUCGCUCCAUGAAGCGUUCAUGAAGUCGAUUCAAAAGGAAGUGUACGUCGUCCAGCUGCACGCAACGCGCCUGCUCGAUGAAAUCUCGGCCCAGAUCCACGUCGGCACAACGGAACUCGACCUGAAGGAAUCGGCCCGCGUCGAAAAGCACAUGGAGAUGCUCCUCACGCACUUUCAAGCGACGCAAAACCGCAUCUACAAACGGCACGCGCCAACACCCAAACAAGUCGAGGCCAACAUCCCGCUCAACUUGUUUUUGUUCUCGCUGCAGUCGUACUGCUCGACGUUGCUCGAGUUCCAGCCGUCAUUUAACGGGAAAACGCACAGGACGGGCAAGCGCGUCAUCAAGUUUCUCUCGGCGACGAUCAAGACCUUCUUUGACAAAUCCAAAUACCCCCGCGACAAACUCGAAAUGGCGGCGAAAGUGUGGGGCGCGAUCUUGGCGGCGUGCUUUUUUUCAGUCUACACGUUCGGGUAUGCGUCGACGACGGCAAAUGCUGUCGCGUACGUGAUGGGGAACCACAUUGGCGGGUCGUUCAGCGUGACGGCGAACCGAGUCGGCGGCGUCAUUGCCGGCAGCAUCAUUCCGUCCAUCUGCCUCUUUUACAUUUGCUCGUACGCGUGCUUCAGUAGCAUCGUUGUCGCCGUCUGCACGUACUCGAUCCUGUUUGUUUGGGUCACCAUGUCCAUGUACAUCAAGUGGAAGGGCGGGUUCGAGUCGUACGCGGGACUGAUCUCGGCCUUUUCCGCGACGCAGGUGCUUCUGCGAGGCUGUGAUGGAUGCGAGCGCGGCGCGGUCGCCCCGAUUUCGUCCUACUCGAACCUGGCCCAGAUGAGUCUCGGCAUUGUCCUGUUUAUCGUGGUCGAGAUGGCCAUUUGCCCGCAAAGCGCGAUGGCCCUCCUCCGCGCCAACAUUCAAAAGCAGCUCAAAUUGUACCAGCAGUGCUUCAAGGCGCUCGUCGAGGACACGCUCGCCCGCGACCAAGACAACCAGGACGCCGUGGACGAAAUCAAGGACGUCGUCAAGAAGAAAUUGCCUGCGUUGCUUGUGGAACAGGCCGCGUUGCUCAAGGAGGCGGCGUUUGAACCGUUGCUGUGGAAGCCGCCGUUCUCAACGCAAAAGUACGAAGCUGUGCUGGAUUGCUGCCAGCGCCUGCUCAACAAUACGCUUGUCCUGUACAAACUAACGCAAUGGCACAAGACUCGCAUGGAGCUGAAAACACCCAAGACAGACGAGAAGGUAGAGAAAUCGGGCAAGGACGUCGGCAACGACGCUGCCACCACGACCCUCCUCGCCGCAGACGGCACGGCGGCGUUGCCUCCACCAGACAAGGAACCGUGGGGAUUCUCCACGUCCGAAGUUACGCUCGCAAUCCACGACACGUUCGAUACGAUGCACGACCUGUUUGGCGAAAACUUUACGUACGCUGACGGCGACCAAACCGCUCUGUUUAUGCAAAUGAAGGAAGCGUUUCGGGUCGCGGACAAGGACUGCAGCGGGGAAAUCGACGCGGCCGAAGUGAAGACGAUGCUCGAGAUGAUCUUUGCCCAGUCGGGCGCGGUCAAAGUGGACGCGAUCGACGCGUACGUGGCCGAGUUUAUGCAGAUCGUCGACAGCGACAAGAGCGGAAAGGUGAGCCUCGACGAAUUCAUCAAUGCUCUCGAGCACGGCCUCCAGCUCCAGGUCGAGGUGUUCCAGCACCGUUCGAAGAAGGUUCCGACCGUCCAUCUCGCCGCCAUCCACGAAGACGUGUCCCAGAAUUCGACCCAGAUGGACGACAAGCCGCCGCCGCCCCAUCGCGUGUCUUCCCAAGCCGACCACGGCGACAACAUGACGCGGGCCCACGACAUGCUGAACGUGGAUUCGUUCUCGCUGCCAGAAGUGGCCCAGGCGAUGCGGACCACGUACGCUACGUGGCUCCUUGAAAACGCUCGCUACGAAUCCACAUCGAUGGAAGAUCUUCUCCUCCUCAAUUGCUUGAUCAGUGGCGUCAGCGGGUUCGCUCGCAACCUGGCGCUGCUCGAAGAAAUGACUGUUCAACAAUAAUACACACAUGUAAACAUAUCGA